AUGUUCCCAAAUGGAACUAUACUGUACAAUAACGGUACAGUAGACAGUGCAGUUGUACACUGGGGAGUUUUGGACCCCAGGAAUCCACGGGCGAUUUCAAAUUUACGCAACUUCUUAGGGGAUAUAGUUGGAGAACAUGAGGAUAUCGACCUGGAUACUCUGAUACAGCUUGAUAAUAAGAGGAUACAGAGAACUAUAUCCAACCCUGGGGAUACAGAUAGUUCCCAAGCUUCCAGAAUCCUGCCUGUAGACCCCAGAUUUGCACUUGCAGAAUUUUCAGCCAAAGCUUCUCGAAUGCUUGCAAAAUAUUCCAACUCAACAAGUUUGCUUGAAACCUGUGCAACCCAGAUAUUUUGCAAAUCUAAAUCUUUCCUCCCGGAUUUGCGCGGUUUCAGUUUUGUGAAAAGUUUUGGCGAAUCUUGUAAUAAAACUUCAGAAUCAUGUUUUUAGAAUUCAAGAAAUAAAAUACUUGA